CAGAGACACACGCACACAAUGUGAAACCCACCCAGCCACCCCAACCCAACCACCUCAACCCGAACACCCCCCAAGGGUCAGCUCUGAUGUCAUUAACAGGCUGCACUCUUCCAAUCCUGCGCCUUUUUAGGCAGGAGCGCAGCCGAACUGGAUGUCAGGGUUGAGUGAGUGGUCUUCUUCUACUCACCCCACUGCUGCUUCAUUGUGACACAUAUGCCUCGCUGUUGCCCACUUCAGCAUUCCAUCUCUGUCCUUUGACCUGGCAAACGACUCACUCAUGACUCGUUCACGAUGACUCUUUUGUGGAGUCGCACAUUUCGGUCAAAGCUGGCAUUUUCCCCCAACAAAAGGCAGACGUCCGCCUUCUGCUGAAGAUGUUUUUAUGAACACUUUUCGUUUAUUUUCUUCAAAUCGCAAAAUCCGUUCCUACUUUUUUUAUACUUGACUUCCCACUGCCUAUUCCUCACCAUCACGUCCGCUAAGGUCGGUCCUCGCCGACAUGUGGUCGACCUUUCUGGUGACUGACGAGGAGGGCCGUGGCGUGGGACCUGCUGCCGCCGGCACUGCUGCGCCAGCAGGCGCGGCCCAAAGCAUGGGGGGCCUGGCCGGCCUCAUGAGUGGACGCAGCACGUUCGGAGGCAACAAGCGGCGCAGGACGGGACAUGUCAUGACGGAGGCCCAGGAAGGAAAGAUCAAGCUGGCCUUCUUCGUGGCCAUUGUGGGCGUGGUUUUGACGGUCCUGGGGGUGUGCACAGAGUUUUGGGUAGAGCUGGCACCUUCAAAGAGAUUCUACAACAACCAGACAUGUCCGGCGGUCCACUUGGGCCUGUGGAAGGGAUGCACCAAGACGCUGUGGGUGGCCGACAUCGACCCUGCCAGAGAGAGCUGCGGACCCGCUGAGCUGCCUGGAGAAUCCAACUGCACCUACUUCAAGUUCUUCACUACAGGGGAGAACACCGUCGUGUUCAACAAGACGACACACAAGAAUUUGAAUGUGGCGGCGGCCAUGUUGUCCCUCUUCAGCUUGGUGCUGAUGGUGAUGGGCGCCAUCUGCAUCAGCACGGCGCUAAGCAAGGAUAUCGUCUUCUUCCUCAAGCCUGCCUCCGUCUGCUUCAUCCUGUCAGGUGUCCUGGUCCUCCUGUCCCUGUUGGUCUUCCAACAGGCGGUGUGGGCGCUCCUGGCUAGCGACCACUCUAUCCCCCUCCAUCACCAGUUCUCUUGGUCCGUGUCCUGCCUGGGCUGCGCGGGGGCCAUCCUCAUCGUGGGCGGGGUGCUCUUCCUGCUCCUGGCGCUGCCUUACAGCCCCUGGCAGAGGUGCCUCCCUCACAGCAACAGCAGCAGCUAGUGGCCCGGAGGCCGUAUUGCACUUUGUGUCAGCGUGGGCUGGGGGGAGGGGCUAUGGAGGCACUUUCGGAAAGACGUUUGGCUAAAGGUGUUUACUUUACUACAAUGUAAACAUCCAAUAUGGAGUCUUAAUGCUCAGAUGGGAUCCACAGACAAUCCUGCCUCAUUUAAACGAUUCAUUCUCUCUCAACUACAAUUGUCUCCGGCCUGCAAGCUAAUAUUGUUUGGCUUGCUAUGACAGCGUUGUCC